AGCAUGAUUAUUAAGUAAUCUGGUCACUUUUUUUGUUUUUACAAUCAUUACUUCAAGUAUCUCUCAUAGUAUUAGUUUUGAGUAAAGUCAUGUAAAGUAACUGCUCAUGGUGGUACAUGCUUAUAAUCCCAGCACCGAGGAGGCUGAGACAGGAUUGCCAAGUUCCCAGCCAGCCUGGGCUAUAGGACAAGACCUAGUCUCAAGGGGGCUUUAAAAAGUAUUUUGAUUUAUUUUCUACUAUUCAUUCAAUAUUCUCUUCUUUAUCCAUAUUUAUUGAAAGUAGAUUCCCUGGAAUUUGUUCUCUGCUGUUCAUAUUUAAAGAGACUGAGAAGGCUGGGGUUCUCUACCUGGUACAGUGCUGUCUGUAAUUUAUAAAACCCUGGACUUGGGAUCCCUGUCACUACAUAAACUGAGUGUGACUGCUUGAGACAGAAAUGCUCAUUCUGGGGCAGUGGAGAUGGGAAGAUCAGAAGUUGAAGGUCAUCCUAGGCUACAGGAGACCUCAACUCCCAUCCUGCCCUUACCACCUCCCCCCCCCAAAAUAAUAACAGUAACAACAAAAACUGCAUUCUGGAAGGCUAAAUCUGUCUAUGACAAUUAAGUGAUAAUAUAAGCAACUUAUUGUCUGAAAUAUUUCCAUUGCUGUGUAAUUUUAUCAUAACUUAUUUUUAUUGGUUACUUCAUACAUUCUGGUAAGUUUUUGACUUGUUUUAGAUUUGAUUUUAAUUUUGUGCGGAUGGUAAGUGUUUGGCCUGAUUGUAUGUCUGUAUACCAUAUGCAUGCAGUUCCCUCAGAGACCAUGGAGUCAAUCCUCUGGAACUGAAGUUGAGUUGCAGAUGGUUGUGAACCAAUGUGGGAGCUGGGAAUCGAGCCUGGGGCUUCUGGAAUAGCAGCCAGUGCUCUUAACUGCUAAGCCAUCUCUCCAACCCCUCUUGAAUAGUUUUUAAAUCCAUUUUGUUUAGAACAACACAAAGAGAAAAGCAAAUCUGUGCCUUCUUUGUGGUGUUCUGUCAGUUAUUAUCGCCAGUCUCCAUUCCUACUUUAUACAUCAGGGUCUUUAAACUAUCUGUCUGUCUGUCUGUUUUGGUCCUCCGAGACAGGGUCUCUCUGUGUAACAGUCCUGACUAUCCUGGAACUUGCUUCAUAGAUCAGGCUGGCCUCGAACUCACAGAGAUCCGUGCCUGCCUCUGCCCCCCCCCCCCAGUGCUGGGAUUAAAGUGUGUAUCUUAAGGCCGAGUGUGUUAUCUCUAUAAUGCCAGCACUCAAGAGGCAAGAUAAUUCAAUGGGUAAGAACUUAGCUGACAGUUUGAGUUAGGUUCCCUCCACUACAGUGGAGAGAGAAUUGACUGCCAAGAGUUGUCCUCUGACCGCUUGCUGUUGCACAUGCAUUCACACACACUACACAGUAAUAAUACCUUUAAAAAAGAGAGCCGGCUAGGCUACAUAACACAUUUAAGGGCAACCUGGGCUAUAUACCGAUUCUGUAUCCAAAAAAAAAAAAAAAAAGUAGGAGAGGCAGGGCUCUUUUUCAUGGUGUGUCCUAGGCAGUUGGUCAUGUCAAGAUGAAGCAGGAUGUCUCCUUCCCAGCUACAGACUGUGGCUAGAGAGUGGGAUGUCUUUGUGUUGCAGCUGCGUUUGUGGUGUUGAUCACCCAGAGGCUAAUUAAAAAUGGGUGAUGUUGAGAAAGGCAAGAAGAAUUUUGUUCAGAAGUGUGCCCAGUGCCACACUGUGGAAAAGGGAGGCAAGCAUAAGACUGGACCAAACCUCCAUGGUCUGUUUGGGAGGAAGACAGGUCAGGCGGCUAGAUUCUCAUACACAGAUGCCAACAAGAACAAAGGCAUCGCCUGGGGAGAGGACACCCUGAUGGAGUGUUUGGAGAAUCCCAAAAAGUACAUCCCUGGAACAAAAAUGAUCUUCGCUGGAAUUAAGAAGAAGGGAGGGAGAGCAAACCUAAUAGCUUAUCUUAAAAAGGCUGCUAAUGAGAAACUCCACUGCCUUAUUUAUUACAAAACAAAUGUCUCAUGACUUUUAAUGUGUACUGUAAUUUACUUCCUACCCCAAAAUUCAGAUCAUGAACGGCUAACAAUGCUUUGUUGGACAGUCCUGAUUAAUGAAAACUGACUUGUAGAAAAGUGGAUGUGAUCGUUUUUAAAGUAACGAUUCCAGUUGCACAAACACUGUCACUGCUCUCCCUUUCUUAAGAUAAGAUUGGACUUAAUUAUUAAAGUUCUACUUUCCACAAAGAUGGGGGUGUCACCUCAAACCUACUAAAUGGUCUUAUAAUUAAAUUUAUAUAAUUGGACAUAUGAAUAUGUUUAAACACUGGGGAAUUCUGUCACCAUCUCAGAAACGAGAAGAUUCACCUGUGGUAAAGUUUGUACUCCCUGCUGUUACAGGCAAUGGCUAAAGAUCGGGGGGCAACUGUCUAUUCUUGACUCAGUGGUGUUAUUUUAUUAGAAUUCCCUAAGUCAAAGGAUGCUGCCUUUUACCAUUGAAAGACACUUACUGUGGUCUAUGUAUAAUAUAUCAAAUAAAGAGUAUUUAGCAAUGUUUAAAAAAAAAGAAAGAAACCCAUUGUAGUGGACGAUGAAUGCAAGCCUUCUCUUUUUUUUUUUUUUUU